GUUUUCAUACCCAUGAAAUAUCUCUAAUGGCAAACUCAACUAAGUUUUACAAAGACAACGAGUCCGAUUAUGAGAGCUCCACAGCCGGACUGGAGUCAAGCCGCAGAACGAGCUGGCUAAGCAGCUCAUUCACGGCCAGCACAAGCUGUAGUAGCUCCAUAUCUCAUUUAAGUAACCAUGGCGUCAACAGGUACAACCAUAUAAAGCCUCACAAAGCCAACCAAGUCGCAUGGGAAGCUAUGGCCAGGCUCCGCCAGUGCUGCGGCCGCGCGGUGGGGUUAGAACAUUUCCGGAUUUUAAAGAGGUUAGGCAGUGGCGACAUUGGGAGUGUUUACCUCUGCCAAAUACGUGGGUACCCUGCGGUGGCGCUUUACGCAAUGAAAGUCGUAGAUAAGGAGGCCGUGGCGGUGAAGAAAAAGUUUGGAAGAGCGGAGAUGGAGAAGAAGAUUUUAGAGAUGCUUGAUCACCCUUUUUGCCCUACUUUGUACGCAGCUUUUGAAGCUUCUCAUUACUCUUUUCUUGUCAUGGAGUAUUGUCCCGGUGGUGAUCUCUACGCCGCCCGCCUCCGCCAGCCAUCUAAACGUUUCACUAUCUCCUCUACUAGGUUUUACGCAGCAGAAAUACUUGUGGCCUUAGAGUACCUCCACAUGAUGGGAAUUGUGUACAGAGACCUAAAGCCGGAAAAUGUAUUAAUCAGGGAAGAUGGUCAUGUAAUGCUCUCAGAUUUUGACCUUUCCUUCAAAUGCAACGUCAUCCCACAGCUCCUUAACCACAACGACCUUGACCAUCACCACGACGACGACGACGACGUUAGCGUCCGACAUAAAUGCUCCACGCCUUCCUGUACGACGACUCCGUUAAACCCAGUAAUCUCCUGCUUCUCUCCCGCUUCGAGCAGAACAAGCAGAUGCAAGAACAUUAUUACAACUACUAUACACGAGAACGCAUCUGGUAAUUAUGGCGGUUCGGUUAAAAGCAACGAUGUUUCGAUAUCGAUGUUCUCACGACAAACUUCUUCUUGUUCUCGAGUUUCAACCGGAUCUCGAGACUUCUCUGGUGAAUGUCCAUUGGUUUUCGCAGAACCUAUUAACGCUCGCUCUAAGUCUUUCGUGGGAACACAUGAGUACUUGGCACCUGAGGUAAUUUCAGGCCAAGGACAUGGGAGUGCCGUUGACUGGUGGACUUUCGGGAUAUUUCUGUACGAGAUGAUAUUUGGUACCACACCGUUUAAAGGCGAGAGCAACGAGAGAACGCUAGUAAACAUUCUGAAAACACCUUUGACAUUCCCAAAGGUUAUAGUUAAUAACCAGAAAGAGUACGAUGAUAUGGUAAGCGCUCAAGAUCUUAUUAUUAAACUACUGGUCAAGAAUCCUAAGAAGAGGCUAGGGAGUCUCAAAGGCUCUACCGAGAUCAAAAGACAUGAGUUCUUCGAAGGUGUUAAUUGGGCACUUAUCAGGUCAAUAAAGCCACCUUGGGUCCCUAAAGAAGAGACUAAUCACAAGACUACGAGUAAUAAUCGAAGCGCUAAUUAUUAUUUGCCACCGAGGUUUAUGAUGAGUAGGAAGGAAAGGAAUGAGCCUUACAAUGUCUCUAAUCAUUUCGAUUACUUUUAG